UAGCAUCGUAGCAGCACAAUUGUGGAGAAGUGCUCCCUCUGCUGGUACCAUGGACACUGCAGAUAAGACAACCACACAACAGCCACCAUGUCUGAGAAGAAGAUGACAUCGAGCCGCAAGCGCGACCUCAAGAGCUUGGUGCUUGGGAUCGCUACUGCCAGGCUGGAGCAGGAGGCAGCUGACCUUGUGGCUGCCAAGGAGGCCUACCUGAAUGACAACUGCCCAGCCAUCUCUCUUGACGUCAGCAUUGAGGAUCUGCAGAAACUCUGCAAAGAGCUUCAUUCAAAGAUCGACAAAGUUGAUGAGGAGAGAUACGAUGUUGACUCCAAGGUGACCAAGGGACAGAAAGAGGUUGACGACCUUAAGAUCAGCGUAACAGAAAUGAAGGGUAUGAAGAAGCCAGCUCUGAAGAAAGUGCGUAUGUCCGCUGACCAGAUGCUUCAGGCUCUGCUGGGCUCCAAGCACAAGGUCACUAUGGAUCUGAGGAGCAACCUGAAGCAGGUCAAGAAGGAGACCAAGGUUGAGGAGGCUGGUGACUGGCGUGCGAACAUUGAGGACAAUAAGGACAGGAAGAAGAAGUUUGAGGGCGCUGAGGCGUAAAGGAAGUGAAGUGUUUCCAGAAGUUGAUAUUUGCCUCACAAACAAUGAACAUGGACAAAAUGGAUGGCAACAAGAUAAUGGCCUGGGGCCAUUCAUUGUAGUUGUUUUUUUUUUUGCUCCAUGUUUUUAUGUUCGCUCCAUUUUUGUUCUCUUUCCCAAACCCUUUUCCCAUCAAGAUGUACCAUGUAUAGAUAUUGCAAACUUGUUAUUGUCCACAGAUUAUGUUCAUUAAACAAGGGGUUUUGAGUAACUUU